CCGGUCCCUUUAACACUUCCGCUUCCGGCUUGGCUCCCGGUAACUUCCGGUUCCGGCGCUGUGGCGGGUGACGCGGAGCUCGGCAGCGAUGAUCGAAGUCGUCUGCAACGACCGUCUGGGCAAGAAGGUGCGGGUGAAAUGCAACACCGAGGACUCGAUCCGCGACCUGAAGAAGCUGAUCGCGGCGCAGACCGGGACCCGCUGGGAUAAGAUCGUGCUCAAGAAGUGGUACACUAUCUUCAAGGAUCACGUCACGCUGGGCGACUAUGAGAUCCAUGACGGCAUGAACCUGGAGCUCUACUACCAGUAGCGGCUGCCGUUCUCUCCCGGUUCCCCGCCGGUGCUCUCUUCUCCAUGGGACCCCCCCCCCGCUCCCUCCCUCCAAACCCCGUUCCCCUUCCCCAAGCCAUGUUGAGGCUCUAAACCUGCUGUAGCUGCCCUGGAGUGUUUAAGUGGUUUCUAAUAAAUGUGUCUCUCUAGUC